UGAUAGCCCAACUAUCUAUAUUUCAUUAGAUUACUAAAUUUGUAUAUUUUUUAUUAUGCACAUAGAAAAUAACAAAGAAGCAUUACAGUCCAAUAACGAGUUUUUAUCGAACUGUAGUAUAAACAUUGACAAACAAUGUGAAAUUUUAAAUAAUAAUUCGUGGUCCAUUAUUAGUAAUACAAACGAAAAUAUUCAAUCCAAACAUAUUUUAGAAUCAAACGAAAAAGAAAAUGAAAGUGAUCAUCAUGAAAUAGUAUGUAACGACUAUACAUUUUCAAAAAUGUUGGCAUACAAUAAUAACACCUUAGACAAAAUGAUAUUAGCACAUGCUUAUCAACAGCAAUUUGGUGAAGUAAGUAUACCUAUUUUAAGAUUUCAACAAUAAACAAUAAAUGAAAGGUAAAAAAGGAAAUGAAUUCUGUGUUCCUAUUAUUAUAUACCUACCUAAUUUUAGAAGAUCUUACUGUACAAUAUUGACGAUGUUUGGAGUGGGAAUCGGGAUAGGUUCAUGCCCUCACGUAAUCAUGAGUUAGAAGCUGUAAUGUUUUUGACUAAACUAGAUCUAAACCCUGAAAACAUACUACAUAUUAUUCAAAAUUAUGAUGUUGACUUGGACGUAGCCGAUUCUCGAGGAAAUACUCGUCUCAUGAUUUCAUCUGCUAAUGACCAACAUGAAGUUAUUAAAUGCUUAAUUAAUCUUGGCGCUGACUUGGAAUGCUACAACGAUGAUGGAUUUACUCCUUUAAACCUAACUAUUAUGCGAUACAUAUGUUUAUUAAAUAAUAUAAAACAUUGGACUGAAUAUUGUAUACCUCACGUCAGUUUAAAAUUUAAUAUUAUAAAAGAGGAUCAACAUAUAAUAUUAAAUAACAUACAGAGAAUAAAUUUCUUUCAGCCAGAAAAUUUAAAAAAUAUGAAGGUAAAUUAUAUUGUUUUAAUACCACUAAUACCUAUUAUCUAACCGUAGAAAUCAAUUAAAAAAUUGUAUAUGAUUAAUACCGUACUUUCAAACCUUUUAAUGCGAAAUAAAACUGGUCCAUAUAACGAGUACAUAUUUUAUUACUUAUUCGGAGCUCUUAUGGAUUCCAAUGGGUACUGUGAGCUCCUAAUAUAGGACAAAACUGGAUCAUAAGAAAUAAAUUUAAUUCUUCCGGAAUAUAAACCUCCCGGACUCCUGGACCGUGGUGCUAUUAGGGUAUAAUCAAUUAAUAAUUAUUAGCAAUGAUUUAUUUUAUUUCACCGUAUAUAGUGUACGAUUAUAAACUAUAAGAUGUUUAAUAUAUAAACCAUUAUUCUUUCAUCUUAAAUAGUCUACAAGUACCUUAACUUUAUCAAUUAUAAUAGGUAGGUAUAUAUAGCUAUAAUAUUAUCUAUAUAUGUCUACAUAUGAUAAUUUUAUAAAGUGUAAAAAGAUGACAAUUACCUAUAUGCGACAUCAUAAUUCAUAAUAUACCAAACUAAAUAUACAUAUACGCACAUACAUACAUACAUAUCGUAUUAUGCAGUAAUGUUGGUACCUAGCUAGUACCUAAGUAGCAGGUAUACGGUAUACUGAAAAAAAAUGUACCCGCAUGUUGAACAUAAUAUUACAUGUAUGUGUUAUAGAUAUUGCAGUUAUAGUUCAUAAUAUUUACUACCUAUUGGCUAUUAUAUAGAUUAUAGGUGUAUUAUAGGUUAAAUUAGGUUUUUUUUAAUAAAAAUAAAUAGGUGCGUGAUAAACAAAAGUAAACAAGCUUCAAACCUUGUAAAAAUCUAUAAGACAAAUUCAAAAAUGAAAAAAAAACCUUUCAGCUCUUUACCUACAUGGCUAUAAAUUAUAUAAAAUUGAAUAAUAGCUUACAGAAAACGAUGAUGAUGAUGAUGUUGACGAGAUGAAUUCAACAACAAUUCAAACAGCUACAAAAAAGUAAAUUAUGAUAUUUACAAGUGUUAAUAUCUUACCUUUAUAUAUAUUAAAUUGUUUAUCGUUAUCGAUAUAAUAAGCAUAUAGAUAAAUAUUGGUCAUAAUAUAUAAUAUGUAUAUCUAUGAACAUUUUAGACAAAUAUUAUUAGACUUGGUGGAAAACACAAUACUACUUUUGAUUAACAUGGGUGCUAAAGCAACAACUUGCGCCGUUCCAAAAAUAUCAAUUCAUUUAGCUUUAUUGACUAUAAAUUCAAACAUUUUAAAAGCCGUGUUCGAAGCUGGAGGAUCUCCAACUUAUACCUUAUCUAAUGAGGCUGAACGAAGAAACACACCCAUUACGCUAUUCAAAUAUCAUCGAAAUAAAGAAAAAAUUAAGGGAUUCUGGAAGAAAAAUUUUAGAUAUAAUUUAUUCGAAAAGAGCUUCUGUUGCACUAAUGAAGAAAGUCAGGUCUGUUAUGAAUGCUUGCAGCAUCAAUCAAAGGAGAUGGAAGCUUGUUCAAGUUGUUAUUUUGCUCUGCUUUGUUCAGAAAGUUGUAAAAAUCAACAUAAUAAUGAAAAUAAUUGUAAAUUACAAAUGAGCAAAGAUUAUAUAAUUAAUAUUCUAAAUGAAUUAAAUAACAACAUAACUGAUGAAAAAUCAAAAACAUCAAAUAUAUCUUCUACAUACCUUAUUUCUACUGAAAAUUCUAAAAUAAAUAGCGAACAAUUGGAAAGCAACAAAUACGUUUCUCUGUCUUCAGUAUCCCGGCACUCUUUAAAAUCGUUAUCAUUAAUUACAGAUUCGCUGCAGUCAUCGAAUUUUUCAAAAAUAUCGGAUAACUCAUUUUCAGACGACGCAAGUAUUUACUCUCAACAGUCACAAAAUAAAGUUAAUGACAUAACACGCUCAAAAAAAUACAAAAAAGACCAAUCUAAAGUUGGGUCAAACUAUUCUAGGAAUAAUAAAAUGUACAAUUCAGCAUCUUCAGAAAUUAGCAAUAGAGUCAGCAUCAGAAGUAGUAGUAACGAUCAAGAUUUUGACAAGAAUAAUUAUAUUCAUUCGGAUAUUGGAGUUAUUAAUGAGGAUACACAAAGAUACACAGAGGAUGACUCUAAUCAGUUUAUGCAGUCUAACCAGUCUAAGCGGUCCAAGCAGUCUAAGCAAUCAAAAAACAAAGUUAUAAAUAGAAGCCACUCAAAAAAAUACAAGAAAAGCGAUUUUGAAGAUGGGUCAAACUAUUCUAAAACUAAUAAAAUAGACAGUUCAGUAUCUUUACAAAAUACCAAUAGCAAGGUUAGAAUACAAAGUAAACGAUAUCGUAAAGACGGCGAUCUAGAUUAUGACAAGAAUAAUUUUAUUCACACGGAUAGUGUGGUGAAAUUUGAUAAUAAAAAUAAACUAAACGACCGGAAAUCUGGGCGAAAAAAUACGAGAUAUCGAGAAAGAAAACUUAUUCUUAACAAUAAAGUAAAUAUACCUGUAUCAUCUAUGAAAUACAGAAUGGUUAGAUCACCGGGUUGUUGGAUACCAAUAUUUAUGUUCAUCAAUCGUGGCUCUUAUGAAGAUGUAACUAUAUUAAACAAUGUAAUAAGCUCUGGAAUGUCGUAUAUUUUAAUGAUUGAAAAAAGUGUACAAGUUUACAGUAAUAUCAAUGAUAACCAAUAUUACGUGUUAAAUAACUACAGUUUGAUAUAAAAUCACUUAAAUAUGUAUGAGAAGCAUAUAUUUAUGUAUUAGCAAGUAUAAACAAUUAUGGAAUAUUAUCAAUUUAUUUUAAUGAAAAUAAUAAAUAUUUUAAUGACCUAUUUUCGUAAUAUAAUUUUGUCUAUGUGUAUAUUUUUUUAGAUUAUUAAGUAAAGUGUGGAACGCAUUGGUUGCUUUGUA